GGCUGUGAACUCUAUCUGGGACAUGCGCUCGGCUCUCCCUGGAAUGCCUUCUGCAGUGCAUGCUGAGAUUUGCGCAAAAUUUGAGUCCAGGUUCCCUCUUGAGGACGUGUCUGCAGCCGAACUUGCGCUUCACUUGGACCUGGAGAAUGAACUCAGAAAAUGUGGAGAGCUCACAACAGCUCACUCGGAUGUCUCUCAGAACCCUAUAUUAUCAGUCUGGAAGCGACUAUCGGAGAAUCUAAAGCGGACCUGGAACAGUGCCACAGACUGCAAAGGGGAGGACACACAUGUUCAUCACCGUCUCGGUCCCUUUGUCGCUCCCGUCUUUCCUGGUAAAGACUUUGAGGUGAUCUGGGCGAACAAACAGAUAGAAGGUUCCCAGGCACGACGUGAAGAUUGUGGCCGCGAAGGUUACCGUCCAGACCUGGUUAUCAAGAAGAAAGGGCUUGCCUUCCUCAUCUCAGAAGUCAAGCCCCCUGAGCAUGAUGACAACGUCGAUGAUUACGUCGCUGAUCUUUGGAAGCUGGUAAUUUUGAUGAAAGAUCAGAUUGACCAUGAGCUUGAUGGCGGUGCGGAAAAGACAUUUAUGUUUGGCCUACAUGUCUUUGGCUACAAGGCAGAUCUGUGGGUUAUGGAUCUGGAGCUGGAAGGAAUCUACCAUCUUUACCAUGUCGGUGAAGCCUGUCUCCCGCGCUACCAAAGAGACACAGGUGGUGUUCGUUAUGUCACGCAGCUAUUCUUUUCCAUCAAGGUAUGUGCGUAUGUGCAAUGUAAAGCUCUCUCCUUACUCUUCCCUUCUCUUCCAUGAUUCUCUCUCGCCGAUCUGAUCACUAUUAUUUUUAUUUUGCGUUACACUAGUCAUUUGUCGAGAACAACAUC